AAAAGAUAAGUACCGCAACACAUACAUACAAUACAACAAUACAAACCCUACAUAAACAAAAUCAUACGCAAAAAUGAGUUCCUCUGAUCAACAAGAGAACACCCUCGGAGGUCGACACCCUGUCGACGCAAAUGGUCUAAAGAUCCAAGAGGUUGCUGCUUGGGCUGUUGCCGAGUAUAACAAGAAGCAGGGGACAAAUCUCAAGUUUGAGAAGGUUUUAAGAGCAGAACAAGACGGCAAUAUUGGUAGCACGACGUACUAUAUUGAUCUUGAGGCAUCUGAGGAUUGCAAGACUAACAAUUAUUAUGCGCAAGUUAUUGAAAUAAUCACGGAAACCCCUAUUAAGGAGCUUCAAAAGUUUCAUGUGCUUCUACUAGGAGAUGAACCCACCCCAGUUGCAAACUAAUCUUCAACAUUAAAUUAAAUUUGCACGGCUAAGAAGCCAUUUUUGGUGUGCUUAUUAUGUAAGUUACAUCAAAAUAUAUAUGAAGUUCUAUAUUGCUAUGUAUGUAUUACGUGCUAGUGAAAUAAACAAGUCUUGGAUGACUUGAUUUAUGCGCUAGUAAUACUGUGUAAUACUAUUUAUUAUUAUCUAAAUAAAAUUGUCAGUGGUUGGGUCUUAA